AUGGAUUCCUGGGUAGAUGGGAACCACACAGCUGUGACAGAGUUCAUUCUAUUGGGCUUAACAGAUGAUCUGGUCCUUCGUGUCAUCCUCUUCGUGAUCAUCCUGUGCAUCUACCUGGUGACCAUAUCUGGCAACCUCAGCACAAUCAUUAUAAUCAGAAUCUCCUCUCAGCUCCAUCACCCUAUGUAUUUUUUUCUGAGCCACUUGGCUUCUGCUGACAUAGGCUUUUCAUCUUCUGUCACCCCUAACAUGCUUGUAAACUUCCUGGUGGAGAGAAAUACAAUCUCUUAUCUUGGAUGCGCCAUCCAGCAUUUUUCAGUUGUUUUCUUUGGAACAGUUGAAUGCUUCCUUCUGGCUGCCAUGGCUUAUGACCGCUUUGUGGCAAUCUGCAACCCACUGCUUUAUUCCACCAAAAUGUCCACUCAAGUCUGUGUCCAGUUACUCAUAGUGGCUUAUUUAAGUGCUUUUCUUAAUGCUUCCUCCUUUACUUUUUCUGUCUUUUCUUUAUCAUUUUGUGGCCCAAAUCAAGUCAAUCAUUUUUUCUGUGAUUUUGCUCCCUUAAUUGAACUCUCCUGUUUCGAUACCAGUGUCCCCACAGCUUUUCCCUCAUUUACUGCUGGCUCCAUCAUUGUGAUCACUGUGUUUGUCAUAGCCGUCUCCUACAUCUACAUCCUCAUCACCAUCCUGAAGAUGUGCUCUAGCGAGGGUCGCCACAAGGCCUUUUCCACCUGCACAUCCCACCUCACUGCGGUCACUCUGUUCUAUGGGACCACUACAUUCAAUUAUGUGAUGCCCAAGUCCAGCUCAACUGACCAGAACAAGGUGGUGUCUGUGUUCUACAUGGUGGUGAUCCCCAUGCUGAACCCCAUCAUCUACAGUCUCAGGAACAAGGAGAUCAAGGGGGCUCUGAAGAGAGAGCUUGGAAGAAAAAUAUUUUCCUAG